GUUGUUAAAGAAUGGUUCUUUUAUUAAUAGAAAAUUAAUUAUGGAAAAGAUCAAAUCCAAACCACUUCAAUGUUUCAUCAUUAUAAAUAGCAAGCUAUACAUGCAACAAAUUAAAUUCAAUUCACACAAGUAAUAACUCAUAAGAAGAAUAAUUAAAGAGUAUUAGCAAGUUUCAAAAUGAAGGUUCUCUGCUUCCUAGUUAGUAUCUUGGCUUUGGCAUCAUCUGUUGCCUUUGCUUAUGACCCCAGCCCUCUCCAAGACUUUUGUGUUGCAAUCAAAGAUCCCAAAGAUGGUGUAUUUGUGAACGGAAAAUUCUGUAAAGAUCCUGCUCUUGUUAAAGCUGAAGAUUUCUUCAAACAUAUUGAAGCUGGGAAUACCUCAAACCCAUUGGGCUCUCAAGUAACUCCGGUCACUGUAGACCAACUAUUUGGACUUAACACACUCGGCAUAUCUUUGGCUCGCAUUGAUUUUGCACCUAAGGGUUUAAACCCACCCCACACUCACCCCCGAGGCACAGAGAUCCUUAUAGUCCUCGAAGGAACUCUUUAUGUUGGAUUUGUCACGUCCAAUCAAGGCAAUACUAAUCGCCUUUUCACCAAAGUCCUCAAUAAGGGUGAUGUAUUUGUGUUCCCAAUAGGUCUAAUUCAUUUUCAACUAAACGUGGGAUAUGGCAAUGCGGUUGCUAUUGCUGGGCUUAGCAGUCAAAAUGCAGGAGUUAUCACAAUUGCAAAUGCUUUGUUUAAAUCUAAUCCAGCCAUUUCUGAUGAGGUUCUUACCAAAGCUUUUCAGGUGGAUAAAAGCAUAAUUGAUUAUCUUCAAGGACAAUCUUGGUAUGACAACAACUAGUUCGAGAACAUGAUUAAUCGUUUUAUUAUGAAUAGAUGAUUCAUCUCAUCUUUAGUGUUACAAUCACCUAGUGGAAUCAACCUUCUAUACUUACUUAUUUUUAUUGUAAUAAAUAAAAUAAAUGUUGUUUUAUUUAAACACAUGGUUGUUUUAAGUUUAGUUUAUUGUAAUAAUAGAUUAAUUGUUGUUGCUGAUAUGUUCACCAAUAAAUAAAAAGAUUGUUGUUGAGAUUUUUCUAA